CAAAACAGAGCAACGGCAAAACAGCUGUGCAAAAUGUAGUGUUGGAAAGCAAGUCAAAGGAAGCUGUGCUGGAAACCGAGUCGAAAGAAACUGUUGCUGCAAAACAGACCUGUCUCACUUUCAUUUCGUGUGCGACGUUGUAAGUCGUUCUGGCAAAAUAAAAAUCACAUUUUCAAUAAUCUGAACGUAAUGGCGCCCCGCAGAAGUGCUCGUAUUUUGGCGGCCAACCAGGCGUCCCCUGCCGCCCCGCCCUUGACCCGACGCGCUGCGUUCCUCCGCGCAGUGGAGGCCAUAUCCUCCCAUCCCAGGCGCCGCAGGACCACCACCACUGCCCGCCAGCGCCGUGCAAUCCAGAUCGCUGCCAACCAGCCGCCCGCUGAGGACCCUCCCGUUGUCAACGCCGUAGUGUAUUGGGAUGGUGUCUGGCACCUCACAACCCGUGAGGACUUAGAGAUGUUAGACCAACAGCGUGCCUUUCUUGAAAUGGCGGAGGCUAUAAUUGCUGGCCGUGGAGCUGCGGCUCCAGAAAAUGUAAUGGACACUGAAUUAGGCGUACGCCGCCUCCGCAGGGAGAUGGCGAAAAUGACGAGCGAUCCGACGGACGGGUGCACGGUGGAGUUAGUGGACGACUGUAUCUACGACUGGAAGGCCGUUAUUCUCGGGCCCUUGGACACGCCCUACGAGGGAGGCCACUUUGAACUACUCCUUCACUUUCCGCACACGUACCCGUCUCUACCACCGGAUAUACUAUUCCGUACAAGGGUGUACCACUGCAAUAUUAACAACCAAGAGAUCUGCGUGGAUAUUCUAAGCUCGAAUUGGUCGCCCGCCCUGAACGUGGAGAAGAUACUUUUGUCCAUCCAGUCGCUGCUGUCGGACCCCAACCCCGAGAGCCCCUUGAACUGCGACGCUGCCGAGAUGUACAAGACGAACCGCGAGCAGCACGACCGCAUCGCACGGGAGUGGACCGCCCGCUACGCCCAGCCAGUGGACUCAACGUCUGCAUAAUCCUAAACAUCUCAUCCACGGAUACACAGCGUUUUCCAAAUUCUUUGAGCAUCUUUGUUGGUUUCUGUCACUAAACACACAUGAACAUGAGCUACAUGAUAACAUAUUCAUACAAUUAUUUUUUGACUGAAAUAAAGGCGUAGGCUGUGAAAAUGUUUCGUAGAAAG